UGAAAUUUCAAAUGUUUUUAACUUUCAAGACACUCAUAUAGAUAUCAAAAGCAUUCCAAUAAAUUAUAACUUAAUUGAAGACUAUGAAAAUGACUUCGUACUUAGCAGUGAUGAUGAUAAAGAAAAUUCAGAUGAAGAG